AUUCCGUUUGACUGCAUCUCAUAUCUCCUUCAAUCCCGAAGUCACUCAUUCUCGUCUUCUUCUCCCUCAAUCAUCUCUGACACGCCCUCAUUCAUACUAUCAAGAUGCAGUACCAAACCCUUGCCCUAGCAGCUCUUCUCGCAUGCGCCACCGCACUCCCCUCUCUCCAGAAGCGCGACCAACAAACCUGGGACGAAAACGGCAACCUCAAACUGACCUUCUCGAAAGACACCGUCAUGCUCGGCGACGUCACCAUCGACGACAUCUUCGCCAAGCUGGGAGAAGUCUGCCACGAGUCCGGCCAGUGCGAAACCAACGACAUCGAACUCGACGGCAUCAUCUGGUCCAGCAACGACCAGACCGAGAUCAAGGUCACCCUGGGCCCGGACGGCGAGUACCCGACGUGGAUACGGAACGGACUGUUGGAUGGGUUGAAGGCGGCGGUCCAGACGGUGGCGAAGUGUGAGGAGACGACGUAUCAUAAUAGCUGCGGGUUUUCGCCGUAUUACUGUCCCGCCAAGGACUCCAAACACAUGCAGUGCGAAGUGCCGAAGUACUGGGGGAUCAACUUUCAGGCUAAGGGCGAGGAGAAUGCUGCUCCGCCUAACUUGGCUACCAAUAUGAAGGUGGAGAGGGUUGGCGCGUCGCCGCUCUGCGAGGAUAUCUUGACGGGAUUGGGCGCUGUUGCUGGUGCUGUUCAUGGCGUCGGCGGCGGUAUCUUUACGCUGCUUACUUUUGCUUGCCAGUAGUUUUAGAUGUUUGUCGCGUUGAAGCGUGCGGUUUUGGAUUGGCGCGGAACUUCCCCUUGUGGGUAUAUCUUCUUGUAGUUACCUUCUUGCUAUACAUUUACUAUCCGCAUGGGAUACCAGACUCAUUUCUAUCG